UUGAAGGGAGCUGCUAUGUUUUUGCCUGCUAGAGGUGGAAAUAACAGUUAAGGAACCGAAAGAGGUUGGGUGGAUUUACAGAAGGGACUCCCCCCCCCCUACCGCCCACCACUUUCCUUGAGUUAAAGGUCUUUAAGUGCUUGGUAUAUGUUUCAGAUUUGCUGGAUAUUAAAGCGAGUCUAAAGAUGUUACAGUUCUCAGCAGGCUAUUGGGGGAAAUAGAUGUUACACUUCAAGUCGCAAAUCAAGACAGAGAGCUGUGAUUCAGGAAAGAACGCCAGGUGGGAGAAGAGGAGAGUUAAUUAAUUAGUUUGCAAGCAUAGCAGAAGAGGAUUACUCUGAGCGACUGAAGAUCAUCUCUUGCUAGUUAACAGCCCUAUCCCAAAACUCUUGAUUGUUUUUACGUUUUUCUUAAAAAAUAGGAAUGCCUACAUCAACUGACCCAGGUCUGGUCUUCUGCUCCAUCAGUGCAGAAAAAAUGAUAACAGCAGUGGAAAUUUGGAAGUCUGAAUUUCAGCUUUCCUAGAAAUAACUGCCAGCCUGAUAUAUCCAGCUAAUAUUUUUAAAGGGGGAGAAAAUAAAACCACCAAGAUGCUAAGCGCUGAGAUGACAACGUUGACAUGAGGAAUAGGUAGUCCACAACUUGUCCCCCCUCUCUGGCUACUUGGAAAACAGACCUCAUAGGAGAUAAGAAGGGAAAACAAGGAAUUUUUGUUUUAGUUUAUUGCAUCUUUUAUAUUUUUUUUAAAAUGGACCAAACUGUGCUCAAAGCUCUAGUGAGCUUGCUGUGGAAUUAUUGGAUUUUAAUGGGUUCUGCUAAGGGAAGCAUAGGAGACAAUCACGUCCACUCCAGUUUUAUUUACAGGAGACUUCGGAACCAUGAACGGAAAGAGAUCCAGAGAGAGAUCCUCUCUAUUCUGGGUUUACCUCACAGACCCAGGCCUUUCUCACCUGGAAAACAAGCUUCCUCUGCCCCGCUCUUCAUGCUGGACCUAUACAAUGCUAUGACCAAUGAAGAUGAGACUGAAGAACUGGAGUAUUCACUAAGGGGACCUCUGAGAGGCGAGAACAGAGGGUUAAGGAGGGCAUAUCCUGCAUCUCCAAAUGGAUUCUCUCGAAGAAUACAGUUCUCACGUACAGCUUCAUUGACUACACAGAGCCCUCCGUUAGCUAGCCUGCAUGAUGCCAACUUUCUGAAUGAUGCAGACAUGGUCAUGAGCUUUGUCAAUUUAGUUGAAAGAGACAAAGACUUUUCCCACCAAAGACGCCAUUACAAAGAAUUUCGGUUUGACUUGACACAGAUCCCUCAUGGAGAGGCAGUGACGGCAGCUGAAUUUCGGAUUUACAAGGAUCGAAGUUACAGUCGAUUUGAGAACGAAAGUAUUAAGAUCAGCAUUUAUCAGAUUAUCAAGGAGUACCCAAACAGGGAUGCAGACUUGUUCCUAUUAGAUACAAGAAAGACUCAAGCAUUUGAUGUUGGCUGGCUUGUGUUUGACAUCACCGUAACCAGCAAUCACUGGGUGAUUAAUCCACAGAAUAAUUUAGGAUUACAGCUCUGUGCAGAAAUAGCAGAUGGUCGCAGUAUCAAUGUAAAGUCGGCUGGUCUUAUAGGAAGGCAUGGGCCACAGUCUAAACAGCCAUUCAUGGUUGCAUUCUUCAAAGCCAGUGAAGUUCUUUUGCGAUCUGUCCGAGCUGCUAACAACAAAAAGAAAAACCAGAACCGCAAUAAAUCCAGCAGUCCUCAAGAUUCCUCAAGAAUGUCAAGUGUUGGAGGUGAUGGUGUCGCGGAUCAAAUUUUCCAGGAAGACUUUCAGCACCCCACGGGUCGCCUCACAGAUCAAGCCUGAGAUGCGCUUGAUGCCUCUGCGGUGGGCCAGGCACUGGACGGCCAGCUUAGUAACGCCCUGGAUGUUGUCGUGGAGCACCUUGCAGUGCUGCUUGGUGCCCCCUUCUGGAUGCCACUCUUCUGGUCACAUGGGGGCGCAAAAUUGGCCCCCCAUGUGACCAGAGAAAGAUGGAAGUGAGUGGGUGGAGCUGGGUGACCUCAACCCUGCCCAUAUUGAUGACACAUGGGCAGGGUCGAGGGAGCUCAAAGAUGGGGAGGCAGCAGGAAGUCCUCCGAGAGCCCUUGACUCAUCUUCUCCGAGAGCCCUUGACUCCACCCAUGAAUGGGGUUGAGGGCGCUGGGGAGAGCAAUAAAGCAUUUAAUUUAUAUCCAUCCUUGCUGUUAAAGCACUGAGGGCUCAGACUACUCAACACCAUUUUCAAUGGGUAUACAAAGCUCAAAGCGUUCUGGGACUUCUCCCAUUAUUUCUGAGAACAGUAGAAUACUAUGGGCACGAGGCAGCAAGUUCAAUACUUUUAAGUCUCAGUGAUACCAGUCGAAGAGAUUUGAUGGUGUCCUCAACUGUUUCAUGGCAUUUAAUAGGAUUUUAAGAUACUUAGGAUCAUCUCUUCUGCAUAUGCAGUGGAGAUGCCAACUGUACAUGUAGAGGUUUUCUUUUGAUGGAACAAAUACUUGUACUUACAGAUUUAGUCAUGUACACAUUAGGUUUUGAUUCAAGUGAUGGGCUUGGAUCAUGUGCUGGGUGACCUUGGGCCAAACACACUCUCAGCCCUGACUCUGGCUAGUAUUUGGUUGGCAGACCUUCAAGGAAUACCAGGGUGAUGUGGAGGCAGGCAAUGACAAACCACCUCUGAAUGUCUUUUGCCUUGAAAACCCUACGGGGCCACCAUAAGUCAGCUGUAACUUGACGGCAAAAAAAAGGUCACCUUGUGGCCAUUUUACUGUGAUUGUUCUUGGAGAAAGAAGAAAGGAAAAUUCUGCCCCUACCCAGUAUUCUGUUUUCAUGAAACACCUUACCCAAGUGGAAAAAGGACAGAUUUCUGGUUAUUUCCCUACAAGUUUCUAUUCUCUAUCCCACUCCACAAUUAUUUGGGGAAAGGAGGGAGAAGGAGGUGUGAGGAAGGGGGAGAAUAAAUUUGUUCCACACAUGGUUCAUUGGAUCCUCACCGACAGAUGCAUAGGUUUUUACUUCCUUUUUAAAAAAUCCCAUUUCAAAUAUUCAUUGUAUGCCUGGGGAUAUUUUAGGAGUUUCCAAUUUGAUUUCCUUGUCCUCUCUUGAAAGCGUUUUUCCUGCUACAUAAAGAUUUUUAAAUCUAACUCCAGUUUCCAAAUUUUUUGGGUACAAAGUUUAUUCAGCCACAGUAUCCCCUGUUUUUGAUUCCUAGCACAGUGAGCAUAUGGCCCUUGAAACCCCACUAAGUGAAAUUGGAUCUUUGGCACCAUAUUCUAUAUUGUAAAUGUCACCCUAGUUGUUUCCAUGGAAUCUAACAUUACAUCUCACAUUUGUCUCAUCUCAGAUGCAGAACAGUAAGGAAGGAAUAUGGAUUUUGUUUAAUAGUUUUGAAUCCUAAAUAGGUGUGUGGUCAUAUGGGUUUUCUAAGAUUGAGUAUUGAAUGUACAUUUCCACAUCAAGUGUGCUGGAACAUUCCUUUAAAAACAUCUACAAAGCACUCAUCUGUUUUCAAAUUGUACAAAAGUGAAAUGAAAUUUUUACAUAUUUCUGGAGUAACAUUUUUUGCAAAAAAAGCACAAGGGUUUUGUGUGGAGAGACAGACUUCCAAAGAACAUGUAGAGAAUCAAGGAAUGCAGUAUAUUUCUGUGUCUCUACUGUGAGACUGUCUAUAUCCUAAUAGCAAAGAUGUCCAAAUCUGAGGAUACUUAAAUCCAGUGACUGGAUCAUUGAUCAGGCAAGAAAGUUCUUUCUACAAAAAAAGCUUUUUCCAGACAGAACAUUUAAAAUGUUGUGCAAAUGUUUUGAAAAUAACUGUUUUGGCUAUUUUUCUACACAUGGUGCAGAAAAAUAAAGUAUUUCCAGCAACAGCAGUUCCUUCCUUUAAAAAACAAACAAACCAUUGUCAUAUCUUUCAAGCAACAGAGACUCGAUAUCUAAAGCCUUGCUAAUUCUCAUUUUGUGUCUGCGCAGCUUCAAUGAUACCUCACUCAAUUAAAAAAAAACCCAGAAGAACUAUAUUUGCAUAAUUGGCAGGCAAUAGUGACUUUAUUAGUGCAUAGCAAUGGUGGGAAUGCCAGGUAGCUGCAAUGCUAGGGGAGGAAAUGUCCAUAGGACACUUCAGCAAGUGGCAGACAUCACAGAGAAGCAGCAAAAAAUGGAGGGCAGCAAGCACAAAGAAAUGAAAGUGAGAACUUUCAUUGGACAGGAGAAAUGAAACAUUUCCUGAU